GUGUUCACAUGCUUGCAAAACGUGAAUAUUUGUAGGAUGAAAAUCGUAAUUUGUCCACAAGUACCUAAUAGAAUUGGUAUAUUUUUAUCAACCAACCUGCUUAAUCACUCCCCUCCCAGAUUUGCAGCAGCAACUUAGCAGCAGAGAGCUCAAGAAGCAGAAGAAGAAAAAGUAGACAAUGGCGAACCACGGUCAACCCUCGGAACCAACGCCUAAGCCACACUGCUUGGCGGUUCCGUUUCCAACCCAAGGCCACAUCAACCCGAUCCUCGAAUUCUCCAAGCGCCUAAUCCCCAAAGGAAUCCGGGUCACUCUCCUCCUCACCCCUUUCAUCUCCAAAUCCAUCUCCGCCCGAGACCGGACCCGAAUCUCCGCCCUCGAGAUCGGCCUCGAAACGAUCUCCGACGGCCACGACGAAGAAGGCUGCCCGACCGGGGUCGGGGCCCAGAGGUUCGACGCCUACGUUUGCACGUUCCGUGAAGUGGGUUCCAAAUCUCUGGCUCGACUCGUUCAGAGGAUGACCGAUUCAGGGGACUCCGUACACUGCAUUAUCUACGAUUCCAUCAUCCCCUGGUGCCUCGACGUGGCGAAGGAAUUCGGGAUCCUGGCUGCCGACUUCUUCACGCAGUCGUGCGCGGUGGACGCCAUUUAUUACGGGGUUCGUGAGGGAAAGGUGCCGGUUGGGGAAACGACUGGUUACAAUUUUGGGGUGAUACCCGGAUUGCCGGCGUUGGAGCGGCGGGACUUGCCGACUUUGCUGCACGACCGUGGGCCGGAUCCUGACCCUUUUGGGCUCAUUUUGGGCCAGUUCUCUAACGCGGAACAGGCCGAUUGGGUUCUCUGCAACUCUGUUCGGGAAGUGGAACAAGAGGAAUUAAGCUGGCUCUCAAAUUUUCUGCCAUUCAUGACCGUCGGACCGACCAUACCAUUACCGUACUUAAACAACCAGCACGACGACGAGGACGACACAGACUUACACGGACUGAGCAUCUUCAAGCCCUUCAACGAAUCCACCUGCGCAAAUUGGCUUCAAACCAAGCCGAAACGUUCCGUCGUCUACGUCUCCUUCGGCAGCAUAGCGGGCCUGGCCGCAGACCAAAUGGAGGAGCUCUUUUGGGGGCUGAGAAAUAGCAACCACUACUUCCUCUGGGUGGUGAGGCAAUCCGAAGAGUCCAAGCUCCCUAAGGAAUCCCAACUCUCCGCGGCCGCGGCGGCAGAGAGAGGGCUCAUAGUGCGGUGGUGCUCGCAGCUGGAGGUUCUGGCUAGCGAGGCCGUGGGGUGUUUCGUGACGCACUGCGGGUGGAAUUCGACGCUGGAGGGGCUGAGCUUGGGUGUCCCCAUGGUGGCGGUGCCGCAGUGGUCGGACCAGCCGACCAAUGCCAAGUACGUGAAGGACGUGUGGAGAGUUGGCGUGAGAGUGGUCGAAGGUGGUGGUGGUGAGAGCGGGGCGGUGGUCGGAAGGGAGGAGAUAGAGAGGUGUUUGAGGGAAGUGAUGGAAGGGGAGAGUGGGGAAGAGAUUAGGAGGAAUAGUGAGAAGUGGAAGAAUGUGAUCAGGGAAGCGGCGGGGUGAAGGUGGAAGCUCUGGUUCCAACAUUGGGGAUUUUGCUGCUAGUUUGAUAAGCAAAUCACGUUUGCUUGGGUUAGGGUUGUAACAGUAUGUGACCAUCUAAUGUUUGUGGUAUGCUCUGUGUUUCGACCGUGUUGUAAUAGUUGUUGUUGGAGAAUCAAGGUAAGUAAAGAAUGCAGACAUGAAAGAGCAGAGCAGCAAAAAAAUAAAUAAAAAUUAAUGGAUUCCGUUGCCGGGACUUGAACCCGGGUCUUUCGGGUGAGAGCCGAAUAUCCUGACCAACUAGACUACAACGGA